GUUAGUUCAUGUUCAUUUUACCUUUGAGUUUAAUCUUAAACUGAAGAAAAUGCCGAACGCCUUAGUGCAGAUGACAAGUGGACAUUGUGCUGACGUGGAAAACAAGAGAGAAGGUGCAGGAGAAGGAAAAAAAGACUUUUCUCUGUUUUGUGACGAACGCGGUUACUUGAACCUGGUCGAGUACAUUCUGCAGCAGGGAACGGGCAAAGGCGACAGAACAGGGACCGGUGUGAUUUCUGUUUUCGGGACACAGGCGAGAUACAGUCUCAGAGAUCAGUUUCCUUUGCUGACGACCAAAAGGGUUUUCUGGAAAGGCAUAUUGGAGGAGCUCCUGUGGUUUAUCAAGGGUUCAACAAAUGCCAAAGAGCUGUCACAAAAGGGUGUGAGAAUCUGGGAUGCUAAUGGCUCCAGGGAGUUUCUGGAUAAAAAUGGCUUUACUGAUCGCGAGGAAGGAGACCUGGGCCCAGUGUAUGGCUUUCAGUGGAGGCACUUUGGAGCUGAAUACAAUGACAUGCACACUGAUUACUCUGGGCAAGGUGUUGACCAGUUACAGAAGGUGAUUGACACCAUCAAGUCAAACCCAGAAGACAGGAGGAUCAUCAUGUGUGCUUGGAACCCCAAAGAUCUCCCUAUGAUGGCAUUGCCCCCCUGCCAUGCGUUAUGCCAGUUUUAUGUGUCAGACGGUGAGUUGUCGUGCCAGCUGUACCAGCGCUCUGGUGACAUGGGUCUGGGUGUGCCAUUCAACAUUGCCAGCUACGCUCUACUCACCUACAUGAUUGCCCACAUCACUGGACUCAAGCCUGGAGAUUUUGUGCAUACACUAGGUGAUGCCCACAUCUAUACCAACCACAUUGAGCCUUUGAAAGAGCAGAUUCAGCGAGAGCCACGUCCAUUCCCCAAACUCAAGAUCAAACGCAAAGUUGAGCAAAUUAAUGACUUCUCUGCGGAGGAUUUUGAGAUCAUUGACUAUGACCCCCAUCCUUCAAUCAAAAUGCAAAUGGCUGUUUAGACCUUAUAAUCAUCUUUUUUUUAAAAAUUG